UUUCCGGAGUAUUCCUUCAUCAACAUCUGCGAAUCCUUGCUGUUCUUCAAGCAUGUGCCGACGUCGACCAACCUGCUAGAGCUCAUCAAGUCUCCGGCCGAGAUCACCGACGGUUGCCUCAUCGAAGUUGUCCUCAACUCGAAAAGCCGUGAUGGAGGAUGUACAGGUGCGCCGCACACUCUCUACGUGUACUCCUACAAGACGCCUGCCUUCUGUGAUUUCUGCGGGGAGAUGCUAUUCGGUCUGGUGAAACAGGGACUUAAGUGCCAAGAUUGUGGUUUGAACUUUCACAAAAGAUGUGCAUAUAAAAUACCUAACAACUGCUCAGCCAAUAAGCGAAGAUCUUCUUACACUAUAUCCAAGUCCCUAGAGGCCAAAGUCUCUACAGAUGACCUUGAUGUGGCCUCUGCAAUCUCAAAUGUCAGCUACCAGAACUCCCUGCUUCCGAGUCCGAGCCGCGGCAAGGACCGGGAGCGGUCGGCGUCGUGGUCGUGCCGUCCCGUCUGGAUGGAGAAGCACAUGGCGAGUCGGCCGAAGGUGCCGCACACGCUCGUCAUCCACACGUACCGCAAGCCGACAGUGUGCAUGCACUGCCGCAAGCUGCUGAAGGGUCUCUUCCGACAGGGCCUGCAGUGCAAAGACUGUAAGUUCAACUGCCAUAAGAAGUGUGCAGAGAAAGUGCCUACGGAUUGCCAGGGCGAAGUGCCAGCAAAUAUGCUUAAGGACCAAGACUCGGUGUCGGACGUGACGGACGCCGAUCUGACUGAUGUAGUGCCUGAGUCACUGGAGGAGAACUCGGACGACGAGGCUACUGACCUCGCAGGUCAGGAGAACGAAGGCUUCAGCGACUCGGAGAUGCGCCGGCCGCCCAGCAACUUGUCUAGCAUGCCGUACAUUCCGCUACAGCGCAUCGUACAGUCGGUGAAGAACACCAAGCGAAGAGGAUCGGCCGGACUGAAGGACGGCUGGAUGGUGCACUUCACGAACAAAGAUAGCAUUAGGCGCCUGCAUUACUGGCGGUUGGAUUCCAAGUCUAUUACGUUAUAUCAGAAGGAAAACACACCGAAAUUCUACAAGGAGAUCGCUCUUGCCGACAUCGUCACGGUGGAGCGGGCGCGCGACCCGGUCUCGACGGACGCCACGCGCAACCCGCACUGCUUCGAGAUCAGCAUGAACAUGGGCGUCAUCUUCUACGUCGGCGAGGACCGGCUAGAUAAGGAUGUGGUAGCGCCGGCGGAGACGGGCAGCGGCGCGCACGCAGCCAAGACGUGGGAGCACGCGAUACGGCAGGCGCUGAUGCCCGUCACUCCACAGUCGAGCAACGCCAGUACCGGCAAGCCGUCGGACAAGGGGAAGCCAUCGGUGAACGGUGAGAAGGAGGAGAACGUCGAGGACAUCAGCGAGCUUUAUCAGAUCAUAGCCGACGACGUCCUCGGCUCCGGCCAGUUCGGCAUCGUUUACGGAGGCGUAUACAGAAAGACAAACAGGGAGGUUGCUAUUAAGGUCAUCGAUAAACUUCGGUUUCCACGGCGACAAGAGGCUCAGCUGAAGAACGAAGUUGCAAUUCUCCAAGAUCUCAAAUACCCAGGAAUCGUAAAUCUGGAGCGCAUGUUUGAGACGAAGGAGAGGAUCUUUGUUGUCAUGGAGAAGCUGAAGGGUGACAUGCUUGAAAUGAUUCUGUCACAGCCGACUGGGAGGCUUUCGGAACGUGUCACCAAAUUCUUAAUCACUCAGAUAUUGGCUGCACUGAAGUACCUACACAAGUGCAACAUCGUACAUUGUGACUUGAAGCCAGAAAAUGUACUGCUUUCUUCCACUACAUCUGAGUUCCCACAGAUCAAACUGUGCGAUUUUGGAUUUGCACGCAUCAUUGGUGAGAAGUCGUUUCGCAGAUCGGUUGUUGGCACUCCUGCCUAUCUCGCUCCGGAGGUUCUGAGGAACAAGGGCUACAACCGAUCGUUGGACAUGUGGUCGGUCGGCGUCGUCAUGUACGUCAGCCUCAGCGGCACCUUCCCUUUCAACGAGGACGAGGACAUCAACGACCAGAUCCAGAACGCCGACUUCAUGUACCCACCGAACCCCUGGAGACACAUCUCACGCGACGCUGUUGAUCUCAUUAACAACCUGCUGCAAGUGAAGAUGAAGAGGCGGUACUCGGUGGACAAGGCACUAUUUCACCCGUGGCUUCAGGACUACCAGACAUACUUGGACAUUCGCGAACUGGAGAGGCAAGUGGGACAGCGAUAUAUCAUAUGCGAGGCCGAGGAUGAGGGUUGGAGACAGUAUGCACAGCAGCAGGGUAUCCUAUGAGGGCGGUGUCUUUGCGGAUAUAUUUCCCACAUGCCAUCAGCAGGGCCGGAUUUAGGCACAAGCUCAACAAGCUACAGCGUAUAGAGGGCCUCACAGUGUCUGAAGGACCCUCGGAAAAUCUCAUUGAAUAAAAAAGGCAUAUUUUUUAAAGUUCUCAAGGAGCAAUCCUUCCCCCGCCCCGCACGGAUUUGUUAUGCAUCUUGGCGGCAUUUUUUCUCUGUUGUUACGCUGUUGUUAUUCUCUGUUAACAAUUACCAAAUAGGGCCUUUACAGCUUCCCAUAGCUUAUGCCCUCUCCAUGUCUAAAUCCAGCCCUGGCCAUCAGAGAGAACAGGACGGUCAGUCAGAAGUACUGCAUCGUGAGAGAAAUGUUUAGUUUGCUGACUGAUGCAUGGGAAUCUUGAGAAAGAGAGCGUCUAACGAGUGUAUUGUGGAGGUGCAAUUUUAAAGUAAAUUGGUAUAUGUUGAGAUGGCGAUAUUUGCAAUACUAAGACGUCAUCUGCAAAGAUUUUUCAGUUUUACCAGAUUUAUUAUGUGCUAAUUGAUGGAAACGGAGAAAUUUAGAAACAAUGUUUUACCUUCUGUAGUUUUGCAUACUCUCACAAAGGGGUAUCGAGAAAGAGAAAAUGCGAGAUAGAGAGACGGAGCAAGAAAGCGUGAAGGGGGAAGACGGGGGGGAAAGAUGGGGGAAUGUCUUCUUUGAUAUAUGUAUAUAAUUAUGUACAACCUGAUUGAUAAUAUUGAAACAAUUAUGUUAUGUGUCGGAGCUUGUUAAAACGCAAGCCGUACGUACCUAUGGCUAUGUUACCAAGUCAAUAUACUACUUGUACAGUAGGCGAAAUGUGUGCUUAUACUGAGGAUCAGGGGAACUUUUAAACCUUGAGGAAAUGUGGAGUUUUUUGUCAGAGAAAUCCACAUCGUCCGAUGGGUUUAGUCGUUUUAAACCGUACUGUGAACGAAGCACAUUCCAGUUCAUGAUUUUAAAAUUGUGGGAAAUGACUGGACGUUUGAGAAGACCAUUACAUCCCCAUUACUAACCUUAUGUUUACGUAUUGUCGGUUUUAGCGCAAGAUGCAUACUCCGAAUCCCAAUAACUUGUGUAAAUAAAAUUAUACCGUAUAGGUUUGGUGUCGUGUGUAGAGAUGAGUAGGUAUGUGCAUUUAAUGUUAAUAACAGUAAUCUGUAAUGUAAUGAUAAUAGUAGACAAUACAAUUAACCAAGUUGCCUUCUGCUGAAUGUCAGUGUUAAGUACCAACAUAUCGACAUUGAUUUUGCAAGUAAUAUUAUAAAGCAAGUAUUCUUUUAUUAACGUUCUGAACUGUACUAGUGCAGCACAUAGCUUGCAAAAUUGAGACGUAUGUACGGCAAGACGUGCAGAAAUAUAGCAAUGUCAAACUGGGGGGAAAAUCUUAAUAUUGGGCAGACAUUCUAGUCUAUUCUAAAUGGGGGGAAACGUACAAGUCAGUUCGGAUACAGUGUGCCUAUUUACCCAGAACAGGUUAGUUUAAACAAGUGUUAGGUACAUAUGACUGCAAAUUGUGAGGCAGACUUUAUCAUUGAAACCCACAUAAGGCAUUUUUAACGCGUGUGUUGCAUAUAUGUUGUGCGUGCUCGUCUUCAUAGUACCCAUGUAAAAAUGUCAAAUGAUUUUGUCCAAUAUGACAUAUAUCUGCAUUUAUUAGGUCUAUAGGGCGUACGAUGAUGUACGAAAUGAAAUGCAAGACACCGCAUGUGAUAUGCCGGUCUGCAACAAGGUUUUCCCCGUGUUGGAUUCCAUUAUUAGUUGUUGCUGUGUUUCCCAAGUGCGUCUAAAAUGUUGUGGCAGCGGUAACGUUAGGUCGGACAGUAGACGCUGUGUUUCCUUACUCGUGCUCUGGUGUUGUUGGUCCACAUGAUGGGGAAUCGCGUGGGCGAGAGUGGUGCGCAUUUGUGCCCAUCACCGUACUACAAGCAGUGUGUUCUUUUAUGCGAUUUAUAGCCAAGAACCCAGUGCGAGUAACGCAGCUUCGUAGACUAGCGCUCCUCUCCUGUGAACAUAGUGCCUGACCGUAUUACCUAAUCAUUCAGGUGACAGUCUAUGUGCUGCCCUACAGUAGGUUGAGGGUUAAAAGGGAUUUAAACUACGUGGUAUUUAGAAUAGUAACUAUUGUGUAGCCAAACGCACGGUGUACAAGCAGCUGUGUUUGGCCGUAUAAUAACCAAGUGGUCAUGGUUCAUUGAAGUCCAUUGUACGACAAAUUAUUAAAUAUUUUUUUUACACAAA